UCUCUCUCACUCUCUCUCUUCUGCGUGUGAAAAAAACCUCUGUCAAAAAAGAUACCGAAGGUACGUCCGAUCUAACAGAAGCUGUCCGUUGUUCAUCUUCUCCCUCCCUCUCUUCUCUAUCUGCGCAGUCUGUAAAACUCUGCGCACAAAUUACAAUCGGAGGAUAUCGAUUGGGUCGCAAAAAAACUCAACAAAAAUGAGAAAAAUAAAAAACAAUGGUUUUGCAGAUUAUUUUUGGGAUCUUCUGUGUAAAAGCUAAUCCCAUCUCUUCUCUUUGUUUCUUUCUCUACAUUAGAUCUCCCUUCUCGUUUGUAACCUCUCUCUCCAUCUCUCUUUGUCCAAAGGGCACUGGCCUUUGUGAAUGGAGGGGAGGGCUGUGGUUUGGGGACUUGGAUGUUCUUAGAGAUGGGAAGUUGAGAGCACAGUCGAAGAUUUUUUCUUUUUUAGUUGGGGGUGGAGAUGGGUAGUUCCGGUGAACCAAACACAAAGAACAUUGAUCCGUCGGUGGGAGGCUUGGUUUGGGUUCGGCGCCGUAACGGGUCUUGGUGGCCCGGGAGGAUAAUGGGUUUGGAUGAACUGUCCGAGAGUUGUCUGGUCUCGCCAAGAUCGGGAACUCCAGUGAAGCUUCUUGGUCGAGAGGAUGCUAGCGUGGACUGGUAUAAUCUUGAAAAAUCGAAGCGUGUGAAGGCCUUCCGCUGUGGGGAGUAUGAUGAAUGCAUUGAAAAAGCAAAAGCUUCAGCAGCAAAUUCUAGCAAGAAAGCAGUGAAAUAUGCUCGAAGGGAAGAUGCCAUUCUUCAUGCUCUUGAAAUUGAAAGUGCCCGCCUAUCAAAUGAUCACCUAGAUUUCUGUUCAAGAAUGGACAAUGCACGUGGUGAAGAGUCUGAAGACCAUGGUGAUUGUGGCAGAGAAUCACCCAUUAUGUCUCAUUCAAGCACAGAAAAUGAGGAUAUGGCUGAUGAAGUGAGUACUCCUGAGGACAACUCAAAUUCAGCACAGGAAGUAUCUCGGUCAGAUUUAUCAUUUGAAGAUCCCAAUCAAAUAAGUUCUUCUAAGGUGCAUUCUGUGCAGGGAAAGAGAUGGAAAACCCCAAAUGAUUCAGAGGAUGAUGGAACAGAAGGAAUAAAGCGUAUGAGAGGUCUUGAGGAUUUGGGAAUGGGUGUAGGGAUGAAAAGGAAGGAUCAAGCUGAAGGGGCUCUUGACCUUGUUCAACAAGGCACCACUCUAUAUGAUUCAAACACUGCCAAUAGUUUUUCUGUUGGAAGUCCACUAAAUGGCAGCAAAAGUUAUUUCUUACCAUCAAAAAGAAAGAGAUCUCAAGUGGCCCAUGUUCAUGACUUCUUGAAAAGGAAAAAUCGUCGUCGUCAGUUGACAAAGGUUCUGGAGAGUACAGCCAUGGUUUCUGUCCCAGUCAUGUGUGACGAGCUUGUCAGUCCUUGUAGAUCACCACUUCAGGGGGUAUCUGACAGUAAGGUUUCUGGAUUGGAAUCUAAUGAGUCCAAGAGAAGUUUUUCAAUGGUUGUUAAUAAUAGCUCAGAGAGUACUGGAAUUUCGUGCGAAAACGGAGCAACAUUAAAUACUACUGAGCCUGGUUAUGAUGCUUCCAAUGGUCAUUACAAGCAUAAGGAAAACGAGAUUUCUAGCACCUCAGAGUUACCUGAGAAUGAUGGUUCUGACACAUUAUUUGACGUGCCAUUUGUUGGGGAGGGAAAAAACUCUGCAGGUGCAGGUCUUCCUCCCAUGUAUGUGCCAAGUUCAUCUGCAAAGCCUCAGGGUGAUGCUGUUGGAAGACAAUAUUGUCAAAGUAGUCAAACUGAAAUGGUUUCCUUGAAGAAUGAAGAACCCAAUGAGAGUGGUUCUACCAGCUCAGCAGCUGCUCGUAUUAAUAAUGUCAGCCAGAGAAUAGAGAAAGGUACUUCAAAGUGGCAGUUAAAAGGAAAGAGAAAUUCAAGACAUUUUAGUAAAAAAAAGAAGCAAGACUCGAGAAAAUCUGUGGAGAUGGAUAAUAAAUCCAGUGCUUAUUUGGCUGGUAUAGAACUUCGAGAUGGACUUUCUCUGGGCUCUGAUCAAAGAGUUGACUCCCAUACUGUUGCUAGGCCCUUUAGUUCAGAUAGUUGCAUCUUACAAAAGAGGUCCAGAGAAGUUAGAGAAGACAUGGUAGAUGGUUUACAGUAUUGGAGCAAGCAUAUUUCAUGCAUUGAACCUCAAGUGAGAGGAUUGACUGCUGAGGUGAAACUCAUGCCCAGUUGUUCUCCAACACCUCAAAGAUCACUUCCCUAUCGUCAAUCUCGGUAUACAGUUCACCCCAAAUAUCAGACAACGGAUUUUUCCAUCCGAAAUUUUUGUGCAGAUUCUUCACUCUAUGAUGUUAAUUUGGAGGUCAAAGCCAGCUAUCGGCCGCAGCAUGUUCCCUUGGUGUCUCUCAUGAGCAAAUUAAAUGGCAAAGCCAUCGUUGGGCACCCUCUCACAGUAGAGAUGUUGGCUGAUGGUUGUGGUGAUCUGCUGCUGGGUAACAAAUGCCAUAUGGCUAGUGGCAGCCGUGGGUUGAAAAAUGUUUUUAGCAUUGGUCUAGCCAAUAGGGAAGGUGAUGCAGGAAAGCGAAAUCCAGAAGUUGGAAAGAUUCCCAGCAAGCAUUUGUCUAUGCAAACACAUUUUUCACCCUCUAAAUCACCUAAAUUGAGGAAGUGUGGGCUCGUGUCUAAAAAGACCCGGAAGCUUUCAUCAUUAACUGGUUCGCAGGUGCAGAGAAAAGAAGAGAGUAAGUGUCUGAUAGAGAAGCCCAAAGGUGCUGCUAUAGCAUGUAUUCCCUUGAAGGUAGUAUUCAGUAGGAUAAAUGAAGCAGUGAAUGGGUCAACCCGACCAAUGCAGCAGACAUUGACAUCGAGUGACUUGUAAAAUUUGGUUCUUUAGGGCAGCAUUACUGCACCUGAAAAUUUCACCCUUUUUUAUAUUUUACUUUAAAGGAUUUUGAUUUAAUUAGGCAGCCUAGUAUCAGCCUCGUAUUUUAAUAUGUGCUUAAGUUUGUGGGGCGCUGUACAUUCUGCCCUGAGGAAGUAUCCAUCUUUGUAGAAUGCCUCACAUUAUUGUUGUAGAAAGAAAGAAGUGGGUAGGAAGAGCACAUUCAAUGUAGGCUGCUAUGGCUGUACAUAUAAAUGUAACAUUAAUUGAGGUACAAAGAUGGGGAUUCCAUACCAA